CCCUUCACUUUCCAUCCAGGGAGCACUCUAAGAGGAAAUCGCAUAUAUCCGUUUGGAAGAAAAAAAGGAUUGUUUCAUACUGGAAAGAAUGUUUCCAGUAAACCCUGCAGCUAGUUUAUAACUGCAAUUAGUUGUGAAACUUAAUAUUUACAUUUUGUAUUAAUAUUUUUGUCCAUUUUAGUAAUGGGAGUUGGCUCGUCGAGGAUUGGACACAGGACAAAUUUGUAAGCAGGAUCAGUCAGGUUUAUACUCUAUCUCAUGCUCCUUUUACUUCUGUAUUUGACUCACUAUGAAGAAGAAGGCCUCCUCAUUUCAAUGCUUCAGUGUGAGCAUGUCUCUUCCUCAUGCGAUCAUUUUCUUCAUGACUUUUCAUAUCUGCAAGCCAACAUCUGCCCAAUUUAAGGUCAUUGGACCUGAUCAGCCAGUUACUGCCAUUGUGGGGCAGGAAACCGUGUUGCCUUGUCACUUGUCCCUCAACACGAGUGCGGAGAACAUGGAAGUGAGGUGGUUUCAAUAUGAGCCUCAGACUUUUGUGCACCUCUACCCCAAUGGAAAAGAUCAGUACGGACAGCAGAUGCCAGAAUAUCACGGAAGGACAGAGCUGCUGAAAGAUGGCCUCACGGACGGACAUGUUUCAACUAGACCGUCGGAUGAGGGGCCAUAUCACUGCUCUGUUACAGACGGGAUUUCUUAUGCAGAAGCCAUACUGGAACUGAGGGUAGCAGGCGUAGGCUCUGCUCCUCAAAUUACUUUUGAGAAUUACCAGGAUGGAGGGAUACGAAUGGUUUGUCGAUCAGCAGGGUGGUUCCCUGAGCCCAGAGUGCUGUGGAGAGACCAAAGUGGACAGAAUUUGACAGCACUUUCUGGAACCAGAUCCAAGAGGGAGGACGGCCUGUUUGAAAUAGAAAUCUCUAUCAUUAUAUACGAACAUUCGCACCGGAACUUGUCCUGUUGGAUCAGAAAUAACUUACUCAAUCAAGUGAAGGAAUCGGCAGUUUUUAUAUCAGAUCCCUUUUUCCCAAAGGUGAAUCCCUGGAUGGUGGCACUGUGUGUGAUGCUAGUGGUUUUAUUCGGCUUCAUUCUCUUGACUGUACAUCUCCUCAAGAUAAAGCGUAAGUUUUCUAAGGGUGGUUAUGCUCUAUUAAGUAAGGGAGCUUUCUUUUAAUACUUUAAUCUAUCUUAUAUGGGAAAUAAUACCCAUUAAGAAAUGGUGAAACCAGCUUUACCAUGUGCAUAAUACAAACCUUUCAGAGCCUUGUUGCUACCCUUGUUGCUAGCACAUGCUGCAGCAUCUCUACCCACGUGAAAGGGAAAACCUUUGACCAGUGAAAUAAAAUGACGGUUAUGCUUUCCUGUGGUCCUAUGAGAAGUAUCAGUGUAUCAGAAGCAUAGGAGUGCAGUCAUCAGGAUCUAGACUGUGCAGGUUUUCAUAUAGGGGAUGUGCAGGGUGUCAAUGUUCAUAUUAGGGUCAGUGUGAUGACCAAGUGACCUCCAGCCCAGCACCCAUGGACCUGGGGUCAUGAGGAACUUUAUGCUGCUCUGAAGCCAGCCCAUAUUCUUGAAAAGGAAUCCUGCCCCAGGACCUCAUAGCUCACUGUUUCUAGCUGGGAUACCUGGUCUUUGUAGACCCGACUUUGUAGUCUUUGGAUAGCUUUUCUCUUGAGAGGACUGCUGUUAAUUCCACCCACUGAGAGACUCAAUCUGUGUUUUUCUUUCUGACUGUGUCUUAUUUAGGUGACCAGAAACUUGGUGGGUUUUUCUCUUUCCCUAAUGCAAUAUUUCCAUGUUCUCAAAUCUUUCCAUCUCCCGCUGUUAUUCUGCUGCCCCUUGGCUGACUGUCUGCUCCUUAUACGUAAAUGCUAAAUAGUGAUGACACUUAUGGACUUCACAGAGUACCUAGUUCUGUCUCUUCUUUGGGUAAAACCUCCCCUGGAAUAAGACACAGUGUUGUUCCUUGUUUCUUUUGAGGAGGAGGCGUCAGCACUCUGAGUUCAGGUCCUGCUCUACUGAAAAGACUUUCUGGGCAGCAAGGUUUUAUAGACCUUUCUAGGGAUGACCAAGGCUCUAAGUUCAUUUCUAAACUUUGUUGUAGAGCAAGAUCACCUCAGCCACAUUGCCUCUGCCCACAGCUAUCAUGAAUUUGUUCCUGGGAUUGGUGCUCACCAGCUGUUGAGGUCCCUCACAACAGAAAUAUGGCCCUUAAUGUAGUUGGUGUUUGAUUAAGGCCUAAAUCCUAAACUGCCUUGGAAGCCAACUGUGAUUUGGAAUAGGGACCUACGUGCUCAUAAUAGCCUGAGCAAUGAAGAGAGAGUGGCAAUGGCAUUGUGUACCACUCAAGAGAGUUCAUUGUCAGCUCAGAUAUAGUGGAUUAGAUCAAUGCAACUGGGAGGUGACCGAAGUGGGAAUUCCUCAGGCAGUUUCUCAUCCAGGAGGAUGAGGUAAAAUGCUGCUUGGUCACUGAAACUUGGUGGGAGGUCAAACAGGACCUUGUGGCUUAGCACCACUUUGAUAUAUGGUGUCUGGAUAGAAGCAGUGAUAGAAAGGGACAAUGGCUUGGUUUGGUCUUUAAGAGUUUUCACAUUGCUGUCCAGCAUUACUUCAGUCUUCAUGCAAAAGUCCUUUUGCUGCAACCUUUGCUAGGAGGAGUUUUCAUUCCUAUUUCCAUUUGGUUUCAGAGUGGAGAAGAAUCAUGAGCCAUCCAGGUACUGAAAGAUCAUCAUGGAUCAAUGUCUUCUUUUUACAGUGAUACUCUAGGACUAACUAACAGUUUGGGACAUGAGAAUAUUUUUACCAAGCUAUAAGGAGUCAAAACCGUUUGUGCCAGACUGAGAAUUUUGGGGUCUCUCACUGUCCCCAUCCCACUGGGGUCCAUACGAUUCUCAAAGUGGUGGUAAAAGUGGAGAACCUGGGAAGGGGAAGUACCAGAGGGGUGGGAAAGAGCCUAGUGAAGGACUAGGUUGCUCAGUUAUAGUUUUCAAAUGCUUGAAUUGGCACCUGUGGUUGCCAGUUUCUUCCUUUUCCCCUCCAAUUGUCAUUAACAUGAGUGCCCUACUUUUAUCUUAGUGGGUACAAAAGGAACUGACUCAGACGAAGCUUAUAUUUUUUUAAACCUAUAGAAAAAAACUCUUAGAGAAUAUUUUUGACAACUUUCAAUGGUAAGUUAAAAUUUCUGGUUUUACCAUGGCUGCACAGGAACCAUGGCUGCAGAGAAAUCAAAGCUUUAAAAGUUUGAAAGAACAACAACUGAACAAAAUACAGAUCACCAGCUGAAAGGCCUGGCCUGGAGAAAAUAGAGUGGGCAGAUGGAGGAACUGGAAGGCGCUGGAGUAGUGAGGGUGGGUCAGUGGAGACCACAGUUAAGUGUGUUCCCAUGUUCAUACUCAUAUAUACAGGGCCAAUUUUGUCUAAUCUUCCUCUUUUUGGAGCCAACUCCCUGCCCUCCUGUCAUCAUUCAGGGCUCUGAAAUCUUCUACCCACAGUCAUCAACACUACCUGCUGGGAGCAGAUUUGGGAAAGUCUCUGCUCCUCCAUUCAACCACCAUAACCAUGAUCUUUCUCCUAUGUCAUUGACUUGAGGCAUCAAUAUCUCCUCUCUGUUUUUACUACAAUUGACUUCUUCAUUUGGUCAAUCCUUAACCUUUAUCCCUAAUCCCCACACACAUACCACACCACACCCAUACACUAUUCCUCUUCACCACAUGCACACACACACUCCUCCCCUGCCAUUUGGGUAUAUAUUUUUCUCAUUCCUCUUCACCAUAAGGGAGACUCUUCCUUUCUGUUAGCCACUCAGCACUUGAGAAAAAGGACCCAUUCAUGAGUAGUAUAAAAUCUAAAAGCAAACAUAUCUUGCGUCCUGGUGCUCUAGGUUGUCUCUGCCAUGGCCUGCACAACUGGGGAUGUCUCUGAGGGAGACCGAGUCCUGGGCUGGGGCAAGUGGAGCAGGGUGAGAUUUUAAAAUGAGGACUAGAAACUGUAAGGGACAGUGAGCUGUGUGCAUGAUUGCCUCAUAAUAUACUGCUGGGACUCCCUGUGCCACCAGGGCCUCUAAUCCCCACCUCCUGUGACAGACAGGGGCAGGAGGGAAACAAUACUGAGUCCCAGCCUGGACCCAGCCAAGCGUUUCUGUCUAUCACUAACCCAUGUCUGCAACUUGCCUUGCCCUAUGCUAAGGCCCCAAAACUCCUUCCAUUCAGGGCUGUGUAAGUCUGGAGGGCAGGAAACUCUCUAAUUCACCCUCACAUUGGGGCUGGUUCUGUCACUGUCAUGAUCAAACUCUCCCCCAGGACUGAGCUCUGCCCCAAUGCCCUGAUUCUCUCUUCUCCUGUGCAGAGAAAGUGAUUCUGGAUCCAGACACGGCUCAUCGCUACAUCAUCUUGUCUGAGGAUGGGAAACUCAUAGGAAGAGGAUCCGGUUCACAGAAUUGGCCUGACAACCCUAAGAGAUUUAUUACACUUCCCUGUGUGCUGGGCUCUGAGGGACUCACUUCAGGGAGGCAUUGCUGGGAGGUGGAGGUGGGGGACGUGGGAGAUCUGUGGGCUCUCGGGGUCUCUAGAGAAUCGGUGAAGAGGAAGGGAGGGAGCAGCCGUGAUGCUGACGAUGGGAUCUGGGCUGUGGAGCAGUACUUGCGUAAGUGCCGGGCUAUGACCACCUCGAAGUGGGUCCCCUUGGGCCAGGUCCCCAAGAGGAUCUGGGUCGUCCUAGACUGUGAUGAGGCAUGGGUAGCGUUUGUCAAUGGUGAUACAGAUACCCUGAUGUAUACCUUUUCACAAGCCUCAUUUGCUGGGGAGAGACUCUACCCUUGGUUCUGGCUGGAGCAUAUUACUGAGGAACCCCAACUCCGACUCUGCCAUUGAGAUACAAGAAAAGUUUGGCAGAGAGGACCUUUAAAUACCCACUUCAUCCUCAGAUAAUUCAGUGUAAUCUCUAUGUCCCUGGAGGGGCAGGGUUGGGUUGUUGGACUGUCGCACUACAGAGAGCAGGAAGUGUUUGAAGCAGUAAGCCUAUCUGUCAGAUCUCUUCGCCUAUCUGUCAGAUCCUUUAUGGACUGUAGAAUCAGAAACUGCUAGAUGGGAACCAAUGGAAGGUGGGAUCUUAGGUACUGGAGAGAAAUGACCCCAAACUAGGAAACUUUGGGAUUUGUAAAUGCCACGGAAACUGGAAAUGACCUCCAUUGCCCUGUUGCUUUACUUAAAGCCUUAGCUAAUUUCAAGUGGAGACAUUGCAAGGACUUACACUAUUGAUUUAGAUAAACUUUUGUUCUUUCCCCUUUUUUCCUUGUUAUUGUUUAAUCUUUCCCCAGUGAUUGGAUGUCCUCACAAUUACAGAAUAUAAAGCUAUUUUUGCUCAAUGCAAAAUUUGUUUCUUCUUGGUUUGUGUUUUCCCCAACUCUGUUUUGAUAUUUGGUCCCUUGAUGAGAAUUUGUUAGCAGAAGCAGGUAAGCUCAAAGAGUACGGCUCCUCACUGACCAUAUCCCUGUUCCUGACUGGAGGGUCUUGUUCUCAAGAUCAGCACAUUCAGGAUCAGGAAGGACUUUUUCCUUAGGUCAGGUAGAAGGGCUGUCAAAAAGAAAGUCAGCAGGGCAUAAUCAUGGGAUCUUGCACUUGCUGAUAAUUAAAAUCCUAGUAUUCAUAUGUAGAAAAAACAGGAAAAUGUGCAGCUAGUAUCCUGCCUGCAGUCCUUACAGCGGCUCCUAAUGCCACUGUCAUGUGUGUUUGAAGGAAAGCCCACGAGGAAGCUGCUUCCUGGCAAUAGGGCAGUGAUUCUUCACCUGAAGUUUGUCCAGUGGAGAGUGACUUUGGACAGCUUGAGGCCUCUUCUGGUCAAGGAAAGGGACUAGAGCCUAUUCGAGGAGGGGAAAAGGGCACGUGCUUUUCUGGCUGUCCCUGAACUCUGCAGAAAUAAUUCUCCCUCAUAUACUUUUAGAUGAAAGAUGGUCAAAGCACUUGGACUUUCAAAGUUUCUUCUAAGAAAGACAAUUUUUGUGGGGAAAGAAAAAAACUUCCAUGUUGUCAACCAACUGUAAGUGAAACACUUCAGUGACAACAGCCAGAGAUGAAGAGACUCCAACUCAAUGGGGCUGGGAGGGAAACCUGCUCUGCAUCAACAAGGCCAAUUUUUUCCAUUGAGAAGCUUGCUAUGGGCAGCCCUAGAAAAAGACUCAAAAUUAGAAGUAGAAAUUACUGAGGAUUAUGGAAUUUUGAUAGAACUUUCUUUGAAUUUUCCUGGAUGUUUGAAGAGCAAGUCAUAAUUUUAAAAGCUACAUUACACAGUUUAGUGUUGAUGUACUAUUCCUAGAGAAAAUCACCUUCCCUAGUUGAACCAAGCAGUCAACCAACAGAAGUGCUAGGUGAUGCUCACUUGCAGCAGAAUUACACAUUUAUGGGGUACCUCUCCAAUAAUGUAUUUAAUCACACAAUGGGUAAAUGGGAGACACCUCCUUUCCAAUUAAAGCUGAGAGCAUAAAAAUGGCCUCUUUUAUAGCAGCUUCCAUUGUGUUAACAAUCUUGCUCAUCUUUCUUUCAUCCCAACUGGUCAUUGCUCAGACUCUCUGAGCCCUUUCCUAUGUGUCACCAAAUCCCAUCUCUGCAGCCAGAAUAAAUGCAUGACCUAGCUACCACCCUCCAAAUGGGAAGGGUGAACAGCAAGGAAAAGCAGAAAGAGCAAGAAAAUGUGAAGGGACAAGGAACGCUAAGGUAUGGACAGGCCAGCACUGUGAGCAGAGAGGAGGCUUUAUUGGCAGUAAUGGACAUUGUAUCUGUGGUGGGAUUUUGCAAGUAAGAACUUUUCCAGCCGGUGGUGAACUACAGCACAAAAGCUCUUAUGCGUCUUAUGUUCAGCACAGCCCUGGGUGUCCUUGACCUGCUGAAGCAUUUGUUUAAACAUGUAAACAUUUCUAUAUGUCAGUCUGACACUUGUCAGAGAGGAGAGCACAGAAGACCUGGGCUGGGCUGGGCUGGGCUUCAACCUUUGGACCCUGCAAUAAUACAUAAAUGAACUUCAUCAAUCAAAUGGUUACUAGUGACUCAGCUGUUUGGUGAAGUUAUUCCAGUUUGACAAUGAAAUGAAAUGUCCUUUGUAUUUAACCAGUCUCCUGUCCAACAGCAAGGAGAACAGACUUCUCAGGAUUGCUCUUGCCUCCAUCUCAAAUGGAGGAUGUGCAAAACAGUCUACAAUCACCAGUGCUGCCAGUACAGCCAGUCUGUGAUGGCUUCUUUAAAGGACUCUUAUCUCCAAAUCCUAAAGGAGAUGCCCUCAGGGACUGCCAUUCAAACUUUGCUACAGGUAUCCUCGCUUGCUACUUCUAUGAAGGCAGCAAGUAGGAGAAGGAGGUAUGUUUCAGGUCAGUGUGAAAAAAGUUAAGAACUACUUUUCUGUAGAAGAGUGGAAGGAAAACUGUCAUCCAGCUCCUUGGCUUUGGCCCUAAUUUGGCUUGGACAGUGGCCACACCUACAACUGGGGGCAGUGCGUGGGAUGGGCUGAUCCUCAUGCUCAUAUGCAGACACCUCAAAGGUUCAUCAUAAGACUACUAUGCUCUUCUGCUCAAUGUCAAGCCAAUUGUCAAAUUAGGGAUCAAGAUUUUUCACUUAUAUCAGACUGGCAGCGACAGCACGAGGUAUAUUCCUCUUCCUUGGAUCCUCUGAGCAUAUAUUCAAUAAUUUCUCUCUCCUUGCAGUCUCAGUGCCUGCAUGUCCCCUUCUUUUACCUGUGACAUUUUCUGGGGGGUUGCUCUUUAGUCAGGUUGUUGUACUUGUUCUAUAUGAAAAUUUGCAGUGGGUUAUUGUUGGGAAAUAUUUGGGAAAGGGGUGCCUUGAAAUGCAGAGGACUGAACUGGAUGGCCUUAGAGGCCCUUCCAGACCUAUGUUCCUAGGCAAGGCUGCCCAGAGUGGGGUGAAAUUGGUGCAAUAUGCCCCUGGCCCCUGCAUAGUAAGGGCCCCGCAGCGCAGAGGGCGUGCUGCCUCUGAGCCCCUUACUAUCUGUCGCCAAAUCCCCACUCUGCAGGCAGAAUGGAUGCAUGGGCUAGCUAUCAACCUCAGUGUGGGAAGAGUGAAUAGUGAGGAAAACAGAAAGAGCAAGAAAAUGUGAAGGCACAACAAACACUAAGGAAUAGACAGCCCAGCACUGUGAGUGGAGAGGAGGCUUUAUUGGCAGUAAUGGACAUUGUAUCUGUGGUGGGAUUUGACAAGCAAGAACUUUUCCAGCCAGUGGCGACCUACAGCACAAAAGCUCUUAUGAGUCUUAUGUUGAGCAGAGCCCUGGGUGUCCUUGACCUGUUGAAGCAUUUGUGUCAGUCUGACACUUGCCUGAGAGGAGAGCACAGAACUGGGCUGGGCUAGGCUGGGCUGGGCUGUCUGGAUAGAGGCAAACCUGACUCAGGCAGGAGAUCGGACUAGAUGACCUCAGGCGGUCCCUCCCAGCUGUACUCCAGCACAAUGAAGUACAAUUGCAAUAUCUAAAGGAGAUGUUCUCAGGGACUGUCUCUCAUAUUUUGCUACAGGUAUCCUCACUUUCUACCUCUAGGAAGGCAGCAAGAAGAAGGAGGUCUGUUUCAGGUCAGUGUGAAAAGAGUUAAGAGCAACUUUUCAAUACAAGAGUGGACUAAACUGGAUGGCCUUUGAGGCCCUUCUAGGCCUAUGUUCCUAGGUGCCUCUACUUGCAUUUUAUUGGAAGUGUGGCUGUUUCUUUAAGAGCGGACUCUAUUCCCACUAGAUUGGAUUUGAAAUUGCUCCAACAUCCUGUAUGCGAUCCCUUCACUUUCCAGCCAGGGAACACUGCAAGAGGAAAUCUCAUAUAUCAGUUUGGAAGGAAAAAAAAGGACUGUUUAAUCCUGGAAGGAAUGGCUGAGGAUAAACCCUGCAUCUAGUUUAUAAUGGCAGUUAGCUGUGAAACAAUAUUUGACACCGUGAACGGGGCCCCAGCCAGGCCAGAGCAUGGGGCAGUCUGAUCCCAGCUGCUCCUCCAGGGGCGCGGCGCGGGGGAGCAAGUGGAGGAAUGCACUCCACCCCAGCAGCCCUUCCUGUCCCCCGGCCCCUCACCUGCAAACUUUCUGGGGGUGGGUAGGGUGAGGGUACGCAUGCACACUCAGCCCCCUGCAAAUACAUUUUUCUCCCUCCGCCUAUGCUUAAAGACUUGACAUGACUUUAAUGGAUGAGGUCUGUAUGGAUUUAAUGACAUGAAAGGACAGUGUCCCAGAGAGUCCUUCCACAUGUUGCCCCAUUUGUGUCCAGCAUCACUCUGGUAAUCCCUGGCUUUUGCUCGAGGCAGAUGCUCCUCAUCCAGGAAUCCUUUACAGCUGCAUUUGCUCAGAUACGUUCUCACCCUGAUUUCACAUUCUUUCAGUGGAGAAGAGCUGUGAUCUAUCCAGGUAAUGCAAGUUCAUACUGUAGUGUAUGCACUGUAUAAUGUAAUGUAUUGUGUGCCUAGGACAUGUAAUGUUAGUAUAUAGCAGAAGGGGAGCAACCCUGCAGGGUGUUGCAGGCUGUGUUGCUGAACUACAAAUCCCAGAGGCAUCUGGAAGCAGGAAGAGGAAGUGAUGAGCGGUGAUGAGCAACUCUGCAGAGUCCUGAACUUUUCUUUAUAAAAGUAACAAAACCCCUUUUGGCUGUGGUGCUCCUGCCUGAGUAUUGUGAUGGGCAAGUUUGUUUUUACCCUGAAAUAAAAUAGUUUUCUGUAGCAUACUGUUAGGUUAACAAUAAUUUAGAUUAUUGAAAAGUAUUAGCUUUGUAGCUAAACACAAGGCAUGACCUGUGGCCUUGCAAUGCUGCUGACCACAAGACAGAAUGAUAGCUAAGCCAGCCAUUUUCUUAUGCCAAGUGCCUUAACCAUUUUGUUAGAAAAAGCAAAAAUUAAGUCUGUGUACUGAGUACCAGUUGCAGCUAGGAGCAAGAUAAGAUAAGGGGGUCCCAGAAGGAGGAAGAUGGUACAGCCGAGUACAGGAAAACAGAUUGGAAUGUGUAAGAUAACACUAACUUUUUUCUUUUGGAAAAGUACUGAAAUUUGUAAUGCACCAUGUACGGAGAUGAUUACCAUAAGUAUUGCAUGUUCAAUAGCCUUGUAGUUUUCUUUGUUAGAAGAGGUAUAAAAGACGGCCCCACCUUUCAGUGGGGGCCAUUUUGCCUCUUUGCUGGCUUAUGGUCAUUUGCUCUAGCAAAUAAACUGCAGUUAACCCUU